GGAGUGAUCAGGCAGUCGCUGUAAGGAGGCGAGGAAGGCUGGUCUUGUGUCUGAGCAGAUCCCUGGGGCGGGGAGUCUAUAGGAAAUGCUGCUCUCUCUGUCUCUCUUGUGUUAGUGAGUAUGGAAGGGAUCUUACAGGCAGCCCUGAGAGAAAUUGCUAACAUUAGAACCACGUGAUUGGAUACUGGCAGCAAGAGACUAGCAUGGCCAGCCCUGAAACUGUAUGCGGAGAGAAAAUGCAGGAAUUACAGAAGCAGAUAAACUCUGUCAUGCGGACCAUCAAUAAUAACUCCAAGGUGGUUGCCUUUAUGAACUCUCCAGCAGGAAAGUACUUGGAGGAACGUCCCUUCCUCUCCCUAUCACUCCUGGUAUUUAUUGCACUGUCUGCUGUCCCAGUUGGAUUAUUUUUGACAGUAAUUGCGGGAACAGCAGUAAUUGCCUGCUUUGGAGUAGUAAUAUUAGAAGGCAUUGUGAUAACAGUGUGUGGCGUCACCUUGCUGUUUGUCCUAUGUGGACUUGUGAUUCUGUCGUUCGGAGUGUCAGGAGUUCUGAGUGUCUGUUACCUGGCGGUGUCUAGUAUUAUAAAUUACAUGCACACUUCCAGAUUGUUAUCCAGGAAACCAAACCAGGCUAAUCCAGACUCACAAACUGGAGAAUCUCUUAUGGGCAGGAGAAUUUCAAAGGACAGUACCCACAUUGACUAGAAGAUAUGUUACUACUGAAACUGUGGCCUUUUGUCUGCCCGGGGUCUCUAUUAAUGGACUGUUACAGUAAUAGUAAAAUGUUUACACCUUCACUUAAGUACAUAGACGUAUAUUGUGUUAUAUUUAUCUGAUGACAUUUACUUUUAUAACUUUUUGAACUCCUUCACUAGAACACAUCACAGACAGACACCUGGUGGAAUACAGACAUCACCAAAUGUGGUCUUGUAUACAAUGAACAGGUCUUGCGUGUAAUGUUUAAAUGUUUUUCACCUUUACAUGUUUUGCGACCAGCUUUAAAUGAUUGCCCAAUAAACAUUUAUAUGCCAUA